UAGAACUGCUUUCAGCUAACCUUUUGUUUCUCCUACUCCCAUGUAACUGGAGGAGUCCCAAGCCGGACUUUGAACCUCUUUUGAGGUUAGUGCAAUGGGCAGCACUGCCUUCAGUCAGGUCCAAGCUCCACCACUUUCUGUGGGAAAGAGAAGCCCAGGAACAGGAAUAGGUCUCAUCUGUUCCUCCCUGGCAGCAGAUAUUACAGAGGAUGAUAUCAUACAGAUAAAGAUUGAGGAGGAUGAAGUAGAUCCUGAAGAUCACACAGACACUGGAAAGAGAAUAGAAUUCACUAAUAGGGAUACCUGUGGUUCAUGUAGCGCCCCGGGGGCAGCUAAGGGGCCGUCACUGUGUGGAGCAGGACUCAGAGGACAUUCACAGUUUAAAUCGGGCACAAGAUCUGAGAAUCGUUCAACAAGUUCUAAAGCUCUGUGUUUUAUCUGCUGCAAAUGUGGGAAAAGCUUCCCCAGCAACAGUGACCUCCGUAAACACGUCUGUGGCCCCCGCGCUAGAAGGCGGAGCUUUAAUAGUAGGCGGAACGAGGAAGCAAAGAGGAGAAGGAAAAAACCCAAGGAAAAGCAGCUCUUCAUCUGCACAGAAUGCGGGAAGCACUACUGCAGUAAGCACAGUCUGCAGACACAUCUGAUGAUCCACACUGGCGAGAGGCCGUUCAAAUGUAAGGAAUGUGGCAAAGGCUUUGCUCGCAAGGUCAGCCUAGUGACCCACGAGAGGAUCCACACAGGGGAGAAACCAUUUGCCUGCAAAGAAUGUGGCAAGAGAUUCUCCUACAAGAUCAGCCUUAUGACACACGAGUGGAUUCACACAGGGGUGAAACCGUUUAAGUGCACGGCCUGCGGCAAAGGGUUCUGUCUCAAGAGUCAGCUUCAGGGUCACCUAAAAAGCGACAAUCCAUGUACGGAAAACGGGAAAAAUUCCGAUGGGAAGACCCCCGCAGAGGAGAAAAUCUUCACCUGCAAACAGUGCGGCAAAACCUUCUCUCGGAAAAGAAGCCUCGACAGCCAUCAGAAGAUUCACCCAGAUGGGAAGCCCUUCCUGUGCACGGAAUGUGGGAAAAGCUUCUCUAGGAAACGGAACCUCCAUAAACACCAGAAAAUUCAUACAAGGGAAAAACCCUAUAAGUGCAUGGAAUGUGGGGAAAGUUUCGCUCAUAAGGGAAGCCUCUCUUGCCACCAGAAAAUCCAUUCGGUUGAGAGACCUUUCAAGUGCAAUGAAUGUGGGAAGAGCUUCACGCUAAAGACAACGCUUCAAACACACCAGAAACUUCACACCGGGGAGAAACCAUUCUCCUGCACCGAAUGUGGGAAAAGAUUUGUUCAGAAGAGCAACUUUCUGAUCCACAGGAGGAUUCACACCGGGGAGAAACCAUUCAUCUGUUCCGAAUGCGGGAAGGGCUUCUCUCACAAGAUUCACCUUUUGUCCCAUGAGAGAAAUCACCGAGGUGAAAAACCGUUUACCUGCAACGAAUGUGGAAAAAGUUUCUCCCAAAAUGGCAGCCUCUACAAUCACAAAAAGAUUCACACCGGGGAGAAACCCUUCACCUGCACGGAAUGUGGCAAAAGCUUCUUCCAGAAGAACAAACUUCUACGGCACGAGAUGAUCCACACUGGGGAGAAACCUUUUGUAUGUACAGAGUGCGGCAAGGGCUUCUCUCAGAAGGGCAACCUGCACACUCACCUGAAAGUUCACACAAAAGACAAACCGUUCACGUGUACAGACUGUGGGGAGAAAUUCACCCUCAAAAGCAAGCUUCAGAAGCAUCAGAAACUCCACAUUGACUAGGAACCCUUGGGAGAUCUAAAAGCUUCUCUUUCUGAAUAGAAGUGCUAAAGGGGCUUCUUGUAGGCCUUGGUCAGUCAGCCUUCCCUUCCUUUGGUGUAGUGUUACACCCAGCAGGGGUGCAAGUGGAGGACAGAUGUAGGGGCACUAAACCGCGACCUUGCAGUUGGUGGAACUUAUUCCCCAGAGGACUUUCCAGUCCUCUACAAAACCCUGUAAAGAAAGAAGUUCCUCAGGAACCCUAGCAAGAAGGCUAUGUGUAUCAUUUCACAUACAGAUCACAUCCGUCUCCAGUCAAUGGAACCUUUUUGCCCAUAAAGGACCAACGACAGCAAAAACCAGGCCUCUUUAUUGGCACUGACAUAGCAGCUAAUUCCCACCCAUGACAUGAGCAUGAAGUAUGGUCGCUAAGUCAUUAUUCAUCUGUGUUUUAUCUCAUAUACAUGCAUUACACAGGCAUAGGAGGAAUAUUCAGAUAUAUCAUGUGCAAUGAGUAUAUAUAUAAAGAGAAUUGAUGCUACUAGCCCCUAAAAACACCAGUCCCUGCACAUUAUGAGUGGUUAUUUCCACCCAUAAUUGGCCCUGGUCUGGUCCUGUCAUGUUGCUAAAGCCAAGAAAGGCUGCAUAGGAAUUAAAGGGGACCCAAGAACCCCAAGUUGUGUUUAGGAGAGGGGAAUACCUAUGCUGGCAUAGUUCCCACUCUGUACAAAGUAGAGGUUUGUUGAUUUGACCGGUCUCACCCCCAAUGAUGCCCUGUAAGGGGGGAUGCCCCACCUCAGAAGGGUUAAUAAUUAGUGACGGGCAAAAUGUUUCGCCAGGCAUGGAUUUGCAGCGAAUUUCCGUGUUUCACCAUUGGCGGAUUGUUUCGCGAAACAGAUGAAAAAAUUUGCAGCGGAAAAUUUGCCGCACGUUCAAAAAUUGUCGACAAAAUAAUGAUGAAAGAAUAGUUGCUGCCGACAAUUUUUUUUUGACGUGAGACAUUUUCGGCGUUUCGGCGAAUUUUCUGCCGUUUCGUUAAUCUUUUGAAAGAUUCGCACAUCUUUCGACGAAGCGAAACGAGACAGAUUCGCUCAUCACUAUUAAUAAUAACUGCAUAAAAAGCUGGAAGUAACAUUGUAAUGGAGAGGUAGGGUUGCCACGUGGCUAGUAUUUUAAUGGCCUGACUUGUAAAAAUGAUGAUUGGUGCCAAUGGUAAUAAGGAAAAUAGAUAAAGGUGGCAGCCCUAUGAAGAGGGCACAGCAUAGAACUUAACUGGUUUAUUGCAAGAACUAAAUGUCUCAAAGGCUCCAUAACACAAGUGUUGCCCCAAGGGAAAUCUCUAUAUUCCUGAGCCUAUUCAGUUCCUGCUCUACAUGGUGGGGCUUCCGGCUGCUCUAGUAACUGGAGCAAUAUAGCAUUUUCUACUUAGGGCCUCCUUGCCUCAGGCUUCCAGAUCUAUCCACCCUCUUCCACUGAGUGUGGCCUGUAGCCUGGCUAUCCUAUUCCUUAUAUGGACUAAAGGAAGUCAUCUGACACCCCUAACAGGGAAUUCCUACAGGCCCAGGGCAUGCCUAACCAAAAGAGAGACUAUACCCAUACCUCCCAGAGCCAGCUCAGGGCUAUACCUGCCAGUAGGGGAAGGAAUAAACCCACUUGUUGGCCGUGCAGUGCCAAUCAGUAAUGGAUUACUGAGCUACUGUGAUAAAGGUAGGUAGAGUUCUACAGGUACAGUUUCACAUUGUACUGGGACAUGGGGAGAAACUUACCAAGGAGACGUGGGACUAUGGGGUCCUUCCCUGUGGUAUCUGCCAUAUUGAGCCCUAUAGGAACAGUGUAUCAUGUCCAUCUCCUCUUAGUUCCCCUUACAAAGCAGCGACGCCGGGGGAAGAAAGGCUGAGAAGCUCUACUAGACUGUUCUAUGAAGACAAUAUCACCCACUUUUGUUUUUCCACUGACUUGAUUACUUCAUGCUAAUAUUCAGCAUUCUGUGCCAGCUCAGCUACUUGUGAUUGGUUCCUUGAGGAUGGACCAAUCACUGUCAAUACUGGGACUAUCCUAUCACUUGUAGACGAUGGUGCUACUCAAUCCCCGACUGCUCAAAGCCCAAAAGGUGAUGAAGGUACAUGGGAUUUCUGUGGGCUGUCACCCUACAUCAUUUAUUUUACAACAGAGAUGAAAGCCACCAAAGAUGUAGGGCAAUAGCCCACAGAAUAGUCAGUUGCCUUCUCCCCUUCUUUUGUGGGAACCAUUGAGCUUAUGGUGUUGGGGCCUUUUACUCACUUUCUCUACAGCCUUGGCCUUGUCCACAGGACUAAAUGACCUUAUCAGUAACUGUUGAUUGGCUAGAACUGUAUAACGGCAUCAUGGGAUUUAUACAGAUUUAUUUUACAACAGGGAUUACUAGUAAAUACUAUUUUUAUAUGGAAUUGCUUUUACAGCGCAUGUGUUUAAUGAGAGGGGAUGUGUUUGUACCAAUGAGCAGCGUGAUUGGCUGCCGCUCUCUCCUUUUUCUUCCAUGUACACAUUUGUAUUUUCUAUAUAAGUAAUAAAAGUAAGUGCUCCUAGUGGCA